AUGAAAGAGCAAAUAUUAGAUCUAUUGAGUUGGGCAAAAAGCAAAGGUACAGCAGUUUCACCAUUGAUUCAUUUUGAAGAGAUUAAUCCUAACAAUGUGGGUGCUAGAUGCAAUGAAAAUGUUGCAACCUCAGAAUUACAGCAGUCCUCACUUAUCAAAUUACCUGUUAAAUUGGCCAUUACUCCUGACACUGCUUUAAAUUCAUUCAAUGAAAGUGCUGAUUGCUCAUCAGUACAGGAAAAGACGAAGACAAAUGCUUUGUUGAAACUAUACUUGGCUAGAGAAAGAAUAUCCAUUCGCAUCGAUGAAUCUUUUUUUGGUGAUUAUUUAAGGCUGUUGCCGAAGCUAAGAGAGAUCGACUCUCCUUAUUGUUGGGAUUCUAAGUUGAAGUCUCAGCUUAAAGGGACGAACUUGGGUACUUCUUUGAAGGAUAACAUAGGUAACUUAGUCAAUGAGUGGUGGGAAGUGUUAAAUGCUCUACCGCAAGGGAUAUCGUUACCUGAUGCCCAUUAUAUCAAUAUGAAGUUUUUUUACGAAUUCAAGUUUUAUACGGAUGAUGACUUAUAUAAUUAUUUCAUUAUAGAUGAGAAUGUCGACAAUUGGACCAGCUUUCCUAACUUUUUAUGGUCGUCGUUGAUCUUGAAAUCUAGAUCAUUCCCAUUUUAUCUUUUGAAAGAGUUUAAGAAGUCAGAUGUGUAUACCCUUAAAGAAGAUGCUGCCAUGUUGCUUCCAGUUAUAGAUCUUUUAAAUCACGAUUUUAAGGCUAAAGUCAGCUGGACAGUAGGUAAGGAGGGGGAAGAAAUAUUUUUCAACUUUGCAUCAGAAUCCGCCAGAAGCGGAGAGCAAUUAUGUAAUAACUACGGUCCGAAAGGUAACGAGGAGCUCUUAUUGUCGUACGGAUUCUGUAUUGAAGAUAAUCCUGCCGAUUCUGCGGUCUUAAGAGUGAAAGUUCCGUUAGAAAUGCUUCCCGAGAUGGAAGAAAGAGGUGUAAAGUUGCCAACUAUGGAUGACUAUACUACUUCUGUAAUAUCAAACGAGGAAAAUUCUGAUACCGGUGGUUCUUCCAAAUAUGAGAAGUAUUCCGAAGGAUUGGUCUUUUUAGUGACCCGGGAGUUCAUUCCAGAUGACUUACUAAAACUAUUUCAACUCUUGAUUAGAAACAGAUGGGAGAGCGGAUUCUCAUUGAGAAUGAGGUUGGAUGGCAUUAACCACUUGAGAAAAGCAAUUGAGGCUAAAAAGGAGAUGCUUUCGCAAAUUACUUCUUCAGAUAGUAACACAGAGGCUUUGAGAAAUAUCAACAUAUAUGUUCAAUCUCAAAAAAAGAUCUUUUCUCUGGUUAUUUCUCGUUUAAAGCACCUUGAAAAGUCAUUACUCACUGCACCGGAGAACAGACCUCGUUUACUCUCAUUGAAGACUGUCUAUAAGAAGGAUAAAAAAUUUCAGUUAUCGCUCUUAGCAGGACUUGGGAUAACUUCUUUCGAUUCCAUCAUUGAAGGACAAUUUCAGGAUCAAUGCUGGUUACUCUAUUUAAUCCGUUGUUAUAAUAGAUAUGAAUACGUUGGAGAGCAUGAUGAUGACGAUGAUGAUGAAAAUUUUUUACCGUUGUGGAUCUACAACGCAUUCAAAAAAUUAAAAUCAGAGACUGAAGUUUCUGCUAUAGAAGUUGUAAGCUACAAAGAAAUUUAUCAGGGCUUAAUUAUUCCUCUAGCUGAAAGAGUGCCGGAAAUCUACGCAAAAGGUGACUGGACGGUCAAUAACUUAGUUGUGAGUGCCAAAUUACUUGACACUAUAGGCUUUGUGAGAGGAAAAGAACAGGAAUGUAUUCUUGUAGAGCCCUCAACCUCAUAA